UUUAGGAAGAAGGCGGAUGUGACGUGUACGGUAGAAGACCUCUUCGCUAGCUACCCGUGCUGUUGUGUGAGAAGGACUGCGGAUUCGUCUAAUUUAGCAGAGUAUUUCCUUUAUUUUUCGCACCAUGCCGAAACGAUGCGUUGCAGGCUUUUGUUCCAACGUCACGGGGAGUGAUGUGAGCCUUUUUCGGUUCCCAAAAGAUCCCGUUCGCCGGGAAGCAUGGGUAAAGCAAGUACAACGAACGAGGGACAAUUGGUCACCAUCCAAAUCCUCAGCGUUGUGUUCGGAUCAUUUUACUGAAGACUGUUUCGACCCUGUUCCUCUGCGGAAAGUUGAGAUGGGACUUUCAGUGCAACAUGCCAGAACCCUACUUGACACAGCUGUGCCAACAAUUUCCCCCCGUCCUCAACAGGGAGCUAGCGGCAGUGGGCAAAGCGCUCACAAAUCUCUGAAGAGGAAGUCCGCUGCCAUUGAUAAGCGGACGAAAAAGGCUGCAGUUGAAUCGAUGAUACAAGAAUACCAGGCCCAUUCAAAGACACAGUGCGAAAGUGUUAAUCCAGACGCGGAUAAUCCUGAGUUGGAAGAAUUUGCCGCUGGGCCAGCUCCUAAAUCGGUCGACGAGUCCUGUCAGGUUUGUCUUUUGCCACCAAGUCGGACUGUUGCUGUUAGUGCUGCUUUGCAACAUCAAAGACGACAUAAAGCUGUUUGACACAGAGAAUGGAAGUCUAAGUGCCCGGAUUCUGAACAGUUUUAAUGUUUCACAUGGAGAGUCUGACAUACUCCCAUUGUGAUCAUUCAAAAUACCUUUUUAUUAUGACAAAGCAGCGAACAGGAAGGGAUUAUGGGGGGACAGAAGAAAAGAAAUACAAGAGAAGAAAGAAAAGAAACACAUACACAAACAACAACAAGAAAUACAUUGAACAUCUAAACUAGUUACUAAUAUGCUGGUGCUAUCGUCAGCGAGAUGUAUUUCCGGUUUACACCAUGUGGGGGCCAAAUGGCCAGUGAAAGAGGAGAAUGGGGGUGGGGGUGUCUAUAAGACUAUAAGCUAAGUGAUUGAAAAGGGUAGAGUGUACACAAAUCAGUUCUGUGAUCUAGAACCCAGUAAUCGUGUGAAUCUCUUAUGAGUGUAAGCCCGUUGGCGACCAGCCCUACGCCGCCGCAUCGCCAAUCCCGGCACCGGAACCCCCAACCCGAGCAUGCCCUACCACAUCCAGCAGCACGCAAGCCCCACCGGGCGCGCGACAGCCACGCAGACGGGCGGAGAGACCGCGCGGGCGCCAACCCAGGGCCACGGCCCCCACCCA